GACUUCCGUUUGGAGGAAGAAAGUUAGGCCGGAGGAAGGUCCGCGAAAAGGAAGAGGAAGGGGCCGGGCGGCGGCUGCUGUAGGUCUUCUGGCGGUGGUGGCGGCGGCGUCUCUCUUCCGGGAGGACGAUGGACAGUCAGGGCAGGAAGGUGGUGGUGUGCGACAACGGCACCGGGUUUGUGAAGUGUGGAUAUGCAGGCUCUAAUUUUCCAGAACACAUCUUCCCAGCUUUGGUUGGAAGACCUAUUAUCAGAUCGACCACCAAAGUGGGAAACAUUGAAAUCAAGAAUAACAAAAAGAUGGAUCUUAUGGUUGGUGAUGAAGCAAGUGAACUACGUUCAAUGUUAGAAGUUAACUAUCCUAUGGAAAAUGGCAUAGUGCGAAAUUGGGAUGACAUGAAACACCUGUGGGACUAUACAUUUGGACCAGAGAAACUUAACAUAGAUACCAGAAAUUGUAAAAUCUUACUCACAGAACCUCCCAUGAACCCAACCAAAAACAGAGAGAAAAUUGUGGAGGUAAUGUUUGAAACUUACCAAUUUUCUGGUGUUUAUGUAGCGAUCCAGGCAGUUCUGACUUUGUAUGCUCAAGGUUUAUUGACUGGAGUAGUGGUGGACUCUGGAGAUGGUGUAACCCAUAUUUGCCCGGUAUAUGAAGGCUUUUCUCUCCCUCAUCUUACCAGGAGACUGGAUAUUGCUGGGAGGGAUAUUACCAGGUACCUUAUCAAGCUGCUUCUGUUGCGAGGAUACGCCUUCAACCACUCUGCUGAUUUUGAAACUGUUCGCAUGAUUAAAGAAAAACUGUGUUAUGUGGGAUAUAAUAUUGAGCAAGAGCAGAAACUGGCCUUAGAAACCACAGUAUUAGUUGAGUCUUACACGCUCCCAGAUGGCCGCAUUAUCAAAGUUGGGGGAGAAAGAUUUGAAGCACCAGAAGCUUUAUUUCAGCCUCACUUGAUCAAUGUUGAGGGAGUGGGUGUUGCUGAAUUGCUUUUUAAUACAAUCCAGGCAGCUGACAUUGACACCAGAUCUGAAUUCUAUAAACACAUUGUGCUUUCUGGAGGGUCUACUAUGUACCCUGGGUUGCCAUCACGGUUGGAACGAGAACUUAAACAGCUUUACUUAGAACGAGUUUUAAAGGGAGAUGUGGAAAAACUUUCUAAAUUUAAGAUCCGCAUUGAAGACCCACCACGCAGAAAGCACAUGGUGUUCCUGGGAGGUGCAGUUCUAGCAGAUAUCAUGAAAGACAAAGACAACUUCUGGAUGACCCGACAGGAAUACCAAGAAAAGGGUGUUCGUGUGCUGGAGAAACUUGGUGUGACUGUUCGAUAAACUCCAAAGCUUGUUCCCAUUACACCCCUAAUGCUUUCUUUUUUUCCUUUAUUGCCCAUCUUUGAACUCAUUCAACUCCCCAACAUGGAAAAGGCCUCUCUGUGCUCUUUGACUGGAAAGGUCAGGUUUUAUUCUGGUGUCUUGGGGAAACUUUGUUAAAUUUUUGUUAAUGUGGGUAAAUCUGACCGUUUAAUUCAGCACUUCCCUACAAACACAAUGAGAGGGCAAAGGGUCAUGUCUGCUGCUUUGUUUCUUCUAAGUAGGUCUUCAGCUCGUUCCUGUAGGCUUCCUAUUUUCACUUUACUGCUCUAAUGCUGCUAGUUUUAGUUUUUAGUACCCUAGGUGGUAUGCCUCUAUUAGCAUAAGAAAAACUUUAAUAGGAGCUUUUACAUAUUACUAGAGUUGGGGGUGGUAAGGGGUGGGUGGGUAGCGGUUAAACCCUACAUGGCAUUUCCUCUGUAGCAUGGUGCUUUCUAUAGUUACUGCACAGCUUUAAGUACCUUAAAGCUUCUGGGAUUAACGUUUUAGGAAAAGGUUAGGCUCAGAACUAAGUGUUUUAGGUGGAGUUUUGUGUCGGGAGGAGGGGUGGUCUUUUGAUUUUUUUAUUUUUGAGCUUUUCUGCUCUGGGGUACGUAAGGUGAACUUUAUUUACAGAACUUUGAUUUGGCAAGUUUUCUUCUACUUUUUGUCUGUCUGAAACUGUUCCCAUAUGAUAUGAAAGCAAGUAUAGUACCCAUUACCAUGUGUCUUAGGGAUUCAUUUGUUCUUAAAAAUCAACCAUGUUAGCUGGGAUUAGACUCCCUAGAAUCUGUCAGCUGAAAAGUUAACAUUUAAAAAAUGCUUUUGGAAAUGCAAAUUACAGAUAAAAAAGUGCUUAGGAGCUGGUGUUUUCUAAGUGCUUUUGUUUAUACCAGAAACAUUAAGGUAACCCAGUGCCAAGUACCAUUCUUGCAAAUUAUUAUUUUAUAUAACUGACCAGUGCUUACUUAAUAUAAACAAGUAGAUAAAUAUAAAUAAUUACUGGCAGUGGGUUAUAAUUGUUGGGCUAAAAAUAACAUUGGACUAUGGGACUUGUUGCCAGUUGGGUAAUUUUCAUUAGUGUUUUUGUUUUGAUUUGAAGCCUGGAAGUGGAGUAAAAUUUGACUAUUUAAAAUGUUGGCAGAAAAACAGUCAAGAUUUAAAUUUUAUUUGUUCUGAAGAACUAACUAAUAACUACUAAAUCUCAGCCAUCUUAUUCUUGAGAGAAGUGUUUUUGGUAUUUUGUAAAUGUUAGCAGACUUGCCUGUGUCCGAAAAUCGUAUUUAUGAAUCCUCUUGUUAUUUCUUGGUAUCUGAAAAAUACCGAAUAGCACUCAGGCUUGAAUUCUUUCUAAAUUUGAAAAGUAAAGUAAUAAGAAAUUAUAUCCUACUAAUAACAAAUGUAGAUUCUGGGGGGAAAAGUUUUCCUUCAUUUUGAAACAUUCUUUACUAAUAAUGGCUUUGAAAGAAGAUUGUGGGGUGACUGAAAUUGGAGAGAUGGUUGGCUUUAGAGUCUCCAUUUUGUGAGAAAAUUUGAAAGUCAGUUUAUAUGAAAUAAGGAGUAAAAGGUGAGUUUCAACUGUGCAGCUUCUGUUAAUAUUAAGUGUUUUUUGUCUGUUUUACCUCAAUUUGAACAAAUGAAAGAAGUUUGCCUGCAUGCUGGACAUGCUUCAGUGCACAUGAAUGGCCUCUGAAUAACGUCUAUUGACAUGGAUGUCAGAAUCACUUUGAAAAUCUAAAGUGUUCCUAAAUCAUGUUCUUAUAAAUUCCCCCAGCCUUUUGAGUAUGGGACUUGUUAAAGGACACAAAGGUAGGACCAGUACCUACUUAGCUAUUUAUUUCAGGUAAAUGGAUUGACUCUUGGCCUUUGGUCAUGAUUUUAAAAUACGGGAUAGAAAGCAACAAAGUAUGGAUGGUUUCUUAAAUAAAACAAUGAAAGUGCAUUUAUGAUUGUCCCUUGGAAGGUUGAAUUUGGUUUUAAUUUCAUAAUUCUGCUAGCAAACAACAGUUAAAAUGUUGUGUUUAUAUAUAGAGAGAGUAUAAUUUUAAAAUUCCAUUUUAUAAUUUCCUUUUUCCAAGUUGAAAUAGUGUAUUUAGUAAUUUUAGGGGCAUGGGAAUAUUAUGUCUAAUUGGAGUUGUCAGGUAUGAGUCUGUCAGAAAUGAAAAUUUGUUCUGUCUUAAAAGAGAUUUGAUUUAUAGCUCCUGAAAGCCAUUGUCAUUUAAAUUUCCAAUAAUGAUUAAAAUCCUUUUCUUUUUAAAUUAAAAUUACCAAUGCCUUGACCUUUGAGAAGGGUCUUUUAGAUCUAGGUCCUACAUUAAAAUUCUUUCUUUAAAAUGUGGUAUUGGAUGUUAACCUUAACACAGUUCUGAGCACUGGUAACACUAUUGGGAAAAUAUUUUGAGAGAUCAAUGGAAAGUCAAAACUUCUAAAUUUAACGUGAAUACAUUUUUUGAUUCAGAAAAUAAAAUCAGAUUUUUCAAAGUAAA